AUGUUCAGCUUUGGUCGAAAGAACAAACGUGAUCAAAGUGAAGAAAGUUUUCACGAACUCGAAAAUCUGGUUCAUGAACUCGAUCAAGAUGGAGGUGGACGAAUACGCAUCGUUGAUUUAGAAGCAGCAUUACAACGCAUUGAUGAAGAUAACCGAUCGAAACCAGAACGAAAGAAACAAGUCAGAAAAUUUCUCUCAUCAUUGAAACCAAAAGGUGAUCGAAUUGAUGGAGAAAAGUUUCUUCAGAUAAUGCUUGAAAGACAAAAACAACUCAAACUAAGUUUUGAAGAAAUCGAUCUGAACAAAGAUGGUGUUGUUGAUCCAGUUGAAUUAGCUAAGGCAUUUUCGCGUUUGAAAAUCGUUUUGAAAAAGAAAGAUCUUAUGAAGAUUAUCGAAGUACUCGAUCGAGACAAAGAUUUCAACAUAACGUUUUCCGAAUGGCAAACAUAUUUUCGUUUCGCACCUUCAACUGAACUCGAAGCAUCACUUCGUUCAUGGCGACGUGGUGUACAAUUAGAUACAAUUAACGAACAACAAAUGCCGAAUUCAUAUACGGAAAAAGAACGCGAAAAUGGUUUCUAUUCUCGGCAUUUCAUCGCUGGCGCACUAUCGGGCAUGGUUAGUCGAACCGUAACCGCACCAUUAGAUCGAUUGAAAAUCUAUAUGCAAGCCAUGGGAAAGAAAAAGUUACUAAAUACAGCAAGUGCUUUAUAUGGAGAAGGUGGACGUGGUGUGAAAGGUAUUCGAUCAUUUUGGCGUGGCAAUGGAAUUGCUGUGUUUAAGAUGACACCGGAAAUGGCACUCCGACAAGGCAUUUUUGAAACGUUUCGAGAGCUUCGUGGUGAUUAUGAUGAAAUCAUUGUUUCACCUGUGUCAAAUAAAGAAUUAUUUGGUCUAGGAUGUUUAUCUGGUUUUAUUGCUCAGACAUGCAUUUAUCCGUUGGAAGUGUUGAAAACACAAGCCGCCAUGCGAACAACUGGACAAUAUAGUUCAAUUAUGGAUCUUAUUCGAAAACUUUAUCAAACUGAAGGUUGGAGAGUCUUCUAUCGAGGCUAUAUAGCGAAUUCUCUUGGAGUACUUCCUGCUGCUGGCAUCGACUUUGCUCUUUACGAAUACCUCCGGCGUGUUUACCGUGAAAAAGUUACGUCACUAGAAGAACCCAGUAUUGCGACACUUACAAUGAUCUCAAAUAUCAGUGCUUUAGCAGCUAUGUAUGCGUCAUACCCAUUGUAUCUUAUCCGAACAAGGCAACAGUAUCAGAUCGUACCAGAGAAUAUGUUUGAAAUGAUGGGUAGAAUAUGGAGAAUUGAUGGUUGGCGUGGUUUUUAUUUUGGUUCAUUGCCAAACUUGAUCAAAGUUCUUCCUGCAUCGACCGUUGCCUACCUAACAUUCGAAUAUUUCUCACGUCUAUUCGAUAUCGAUGACUGA